CACGUAACACCGCCGAUUCCUGCCGCCGUCGACGCUACCAUCCGCGGCGUCGUGUCACCGCGUUCAGUCGUUGUGCGGCACGGCCACACCGCGCACACGGGGUCCUCCGGCUGUGCACGUCGCUCGAUUAUCCUCGCCGCCGCCGCCGAGUCGCACGACACACGUCUCCGUGCGCGCACGUGCCCCCGGCCGCUGUACGCCUCAGCACCGUCUUCGGACGACUUCGCGCCACUCGGUCGCUCACCACGCGCGUCCCGGGGGCGCACCGUCGUCGCACGUGGUAACCGCCCGCGGCCGUCCCGGUGCCCCCUCGACGCUGCUGCUGCUCCGCCGGCGUUGGCCCGGCAUGCGAACGUACGGCCGUUGUCGCCGAACGCCAACAUUCGGGCAAAGGGUUCGCUCGGCGCUGGAAAGUUAGCUAACGAUUAUGGUUGAACAAUUAUUACAAGAACGAUGUGGUCGCCAGUUAUCAUCUUGUGUACGAAUGAAUACAAGAUUGGCUGGUGCCGAAUUCGAGCUAAAUUGUGGCUUAAAACAAAGUUCCAGAAGGUCAACAGAACAAAGAGAAAGGAGCCAUGUAUCUGGAAUGUUCGAUGGAGAGGACAUCGACUUAGAUUUGGAUCUCAAAUAUCAUCUUCAAACGUGUACAUGUUCUUGCAAUCAUAUGGGGUUCGGAAAUUAUAUGGAUUAUUAUCAGGUGAGAAUACAAAGGAGGCUAUUGGGGCUGAAGCCACCCAUUAGACAUUAGGUAGAACCAUAUCAGACGUAAGAAUGAUUUCGUACAAAUCGACAUGCGCAACGAAUUAUGACAGUAACUCACAUCACUAGUCUACCCUCCUUUUUUCAUUUCUAAAUUCACCCCUGGAUUUUUCUAAGUCUAUAUAAAUAUCAAAUU